AUGCCUUCUCAGGAGAGGAAACCCAUGUUCUACAUCUCACACAGCCAAACGGAUUUAAAAGCAACGCCCCUGGUAGCCUGGAAUCAGGAAAGAAAGUCAUUUAUAUCUCAUAUUUACUUCAUUAUUAACCAUUCCUGCUGGGGGGAACAGCAUAGCCUUGGAAGAAGAGAAAAUCUGUAUGGAAUUAAUGCUUGGAAAGCAUGCAGAAGUAUUCACUAUAAUAAUGCAGCAGAGGAUAAAUCAAGCUUCCCAAAGGAUGCUCUGCCAGCACAAAACACAAAAAUGAAUUCAUCUAUAGUCAUUUCACAGAUGAUUGAUGAGAAUAAAUCAAAAGAAAAUAAGGCUGCUUUCCCUAUGCAGUCUGUAAUCACCCAAUCUGAUGCUUAUCACAUGAACCAAUCUUUGUUUAAUUGUAGCUCAGUCAACAUUAAUAGAGCAUUCAUACUGCUUCCCAGAAGAUUAGGAGUACAGAUAUCUUCAGAUGACAAUGUAUUUGGAACAGAUUCUGAAACCAAAGAGAAGGAACAAUGUCAUAACCAGAAGAAAGGCUUUACUUCUAUCACAAUCACUGCUAGACGUGUUGUUCCACCUUUUCACAAGCCAACACGGGCAAGUGCAUCAGACUCUUCUUGCUUGCAGGGCCAUGGUGGAAAACUGCUAACAAACACUGCUACUGCUUCAGAUGUGUCUGGGCUCAGUAAGGUCUCCAGAUCUUUGCAUGAACAAGGAUCUCAAAACCGAAAUGCCUCUAAAAUGAAGGUUUCUGAACUACGUUCACAGCUGUGCAGGGGGUCCUCUGACUGGCUUUCUAGCACUGAGAACAAAGAGAACAGAAUGGUCUGCCCAGAAAACAGCCAUAACAAAAAGACAUCCUCUUCCUACACUUCAAGUGUUCAUUUUAGUAUUUCCCAGCAGAGUCCAAAUACAAUGUACUAUAUAGACAGGUCUCUUUCAGUGCCUAUCAACCAAACUCGGAGUGACAACCAAAAAAUUCAUAGGUCAGUAGUGUCUUUCCAUAUAAAUUGCAGUUCUCCCAGUUUAACGCCAGAUGGAGUAGAUGGUUUAGUUAAUGGAAAACUAAUCACAGAACUACUUAAGACAAAGCUCCCAGAGGAUAGUAAGACUCCGCUCCAAGAUGUUUGGCAUGCAGAUCCAAAGGAGAACUACUUGGAUAGAAAACAGACUUUGGAAACUGAAUCUUUGCAGACUGAAUAUCUCUGGAAAUGUACCUCUCCACCUGAAACUCCCUCGGUUGUGGAUAGCCCUCCAAGACUUAGUAAUUUAAAGCUAACAAACUGUAAUGACAAAAAUCCAAAUGACAAUCACAUUAGAUUGUCUCCCCUCAUGCCUCAUUGGACUUACAAUGAAGACUCACAAGUAUUCUCGAGAAGCAACAGAAAACAGCGCAAGAGAGAUGAAUACCAUGAAACACCUGCCUCUUUUCUGGACCCAUCAUCCAAGCACGAACUCACAGUAAAAGGUGGGAGUUUUUUGAAAGACAAAUAUCCAUCCAAAGGCACUUUGAAGUCCAAAGAGAUUCAGGCCCAAAGCUUUCCAAAACCCCAAAAAUCUGUUUCUGGUUAUGGGUGCCAUAGGAAGGCUUUAUUAAAAACAGCACUGGAUGAGAAUAUCCACAGGAAUGAUCAUUUUCCAAAAGGUGAUUACAAAUUUUGUGAUGCUGCUGAAAAACUGAAAGAAUAUAAUGCAAGUGAGAAGAAAGAGAUGGUCAGGGGGGUAACAACCUCUACAGUUCAUGGACCAGAUGUUAAUCGUGAGAAGCAUGAAGCCUUCCAGCAGCCAGGGGUCUGCUCUGAGCCUGAGAACAUUCCUUCAAAUCCACUGACUCUCAGGGAAGCUCUGGAAGUUCACAAGCCUCAGUUUAUUUCUCGCUCCCAAGAACGGCUAAAGAAACUUGAACACAUGGUACAGCUGAGGAAAGCCCAGCAGGGUGAUGCGUCAGGAAACAAACAAGGAGCUUCUCUUCCUCGCAAACUUUCCUCAUUGUCAGUAACAAGCAAGAAGAAGCAAUAUACAGUUCCUCAUCCUCUCAGUGAUAACCUAUUUAAGCCAAAAGAAAGGUACAUAUCAGAGAAAGAGAUGCAUAUGCGAUCAAAAAGGAUUUAUAAUAACCUGCCCGAAGUGAAGAAGAAACAAGAAGAAAAACAAAAACGGGUCAUCUUACAAAGCAACAGGCUGCGAGUUGAAGUCUUCAAGAAGCAACUACUGGACCAGCUUCUUCAAAGAAAUACAGAAUGACUAACAAUUCCUUGGGAGUCAUGCUUCUUGGACUUUGAAUGCCUUUGAUAAUUAAAAAGCCAUACAAACUUAUAUGAUGAACGUCACUAUAUGGAGAUUUCAUUCACUUGAUUCCAGUAUACAAAGAUAGCUUGAUUUUUUAAAAAUAAAAAUCCAAGUGGUUGUGCAAAAUCACUGGAAUAUAGUGGCUCAUCAUGACCCAUGUAAUAAUAGCUUUAUUCAGAUAAUGAGGCAUUUAUUUCCUGUGUGUAAAUUAACCCUCACUCCAAAUAUAUACAUGCAUGUAUACAAUAUACAUAUACUGGGUUGGAUCCAAGCUUCCAUGCACAAGGAGAUGCCACCUCAGCUGAAGAAGAGCCUACAAUUGCUGCAGACUCCCACCUCCCACUGCAGCUCUCUAUACCUCAUCUCACUUUGUUUCUGAGGGUUCCUCACAAUUUAGGGCUGCUUUGGGGGGUGGGCAUGGCCAGCAGCAAGAAGAGAGAGAAAAGAAAAAUUCAUUCCUUGAGCGGAACUCCACUCACAGUCCUCUGGAUCCCACCUAUAUUUCCCAUUUUUCCCAACUGCUUCACUGCUUUCCUUUUGAAAGCAAGGAAACAUGAAUAUCAUUUUGUUAUGGUUAGAAACUAGCUAAAAUAGCAAUACUAGCUAAUCAUUUAGGCUGCAGUUUUAAAUUAAUGGUUCACAUUGCAAUAGGGACCAAUAUUUUAUCCUCUGAAGGACCACAUUCCUGUUUGUACAGGGAACCCAAAUAAGAGGGUUACCUGUUAAAAAGUGCUCUUUAGAAUCUAAGUAGUAAUUCUGCUUUUUGAAACAUGUUCUUUGCUGCACCAUAUAAUUUCGCCUGGUUUCACAUGGCAUAAUGUAUUUAUAGAAGUGCAUUUUUUUUAAAAAAUGGUACAAAGCUACUCAGUGGUUUCUACCAAGAAAAAUGCUUGUGUAAAGAUUACAUAA